GGAGAAAGUUUGCAAGUUGGAAAUUCCAGAGUAUCUGAUUCAUUCAUGUCAUAACGAUGAAUUCUGGUCUUUGGCCGUUGUUGAAGUGUGGGUUGGUGUAUAUAUAUGUGCACAGAGUACCAGAGAGCAGUAUCAUUUCAUCCACUGGAUCAGACUAGAAACAUAUCCUUUGGAGAUUUACCUGCAAAAGAGCAUCACAUUUUAAUCUUACAAUGGACUUCUGCUCUGCAUCACAGCAAACCAGAAGCCUCAGCUCAUGGAUCACCCUCUUCCUCCUGUACUCAAUUGUCACCAUGUGCACUAGAGUAGAGGGCUGGUCCUACCAUCACUCCAACAAAACUAUGAACUGGGACACUGCUAGAAAGUGGUGCACGGAGCACUACACUGACAUGGUGGCCAUCCAGAACCGUGGAGAGAUCUCCCACCUUAACAGCAUCCUGCCCAGGCAGACCAACUAUUACUGGAUAGGGAUCCGUAAGGUGGACGACGUGUGGACCUGGGUGGGGACCAAUAAGACCCUGACUAAAGAGGCAGAGAACUGGGCAGACGGGGAACCCAACAACGGGGGGAACAACGAGGACUGUGUGGAGAUAUACAUCAAGAGAGAGGCGGACACAGGGAAGUGGAACGACGAGUCGUGUAUGAAGAAGAAGACGGCUCUGUGCUUCACAGCCUCGUGUCAGAGCGACUCAUGUUACCAUGGAGAGUGUGUGGAGACCAUCAACAGCCACCACUGUAAAUGCUCUGAGGGCUUCUACGGAGAGCAGUGUGAAAACGUUGUUGAAUGUAAGAUGGAGGGGGUCACUGUCCCUGCUAAUGCCAGUGUCAGUUGCUCUCACCCCAAUGGGAAUUUCUCCUUUGACUCGACGUGUCAGUAUUCCUGUGAAGAGGGGUACCGGCUGAGCAGCUCCGGGCCUGUGAGAUGCACAGCCUCAGAAUCAUGGUCAGAACAGCCUCCCACCUGUGAAUUGGUCUUAUGCAGUGAGCUGUAUGAACCUGGGAAGGGUUCCAUGGCCUGCUCCCAUCCCCUGGGCUCCUUCAGCUACCUGUCCACCUGUACCUUUACCUGUGAGGAGGGCUAUGAGAGGCUGGCCUCCAGCUCUGCUACCCUGCAAUGUGGAGCCUCGGGACAGUGGAAUGACUCUCAGCCGCAGUGUAUUGCUGUAAGCUGCCCUACCCUCCAGCAGCCACAGGAUGGCGCUAUCAGCUGUGGAGAAGACUUCACCUAUGGAAGCAGCUGUAACUUUAGCUGCUCUGAGGGUUAUCUCCUCAAGGGGGCGAUCACGCUGACCUGCACAUCAGCUGCUGAGUGGAGUGAGGAGAUACCACACUGUGAAGCUGUCCAGUGCCCCUCUCCUGUGGUUCCUCUGGGGGGUCAGGUCAGGUGUGAGGCCCCCUCACAUCCCUGGGGCUCUGUGUGCAACUUCAGCUGUGAUGAGGGUUACGAUCACCAGGGGGCCCCAAACAUGCAGUGUUCACGGUCAGGGGAGUGGAGCGCUGAAACACCAACCUGCACAGCCACACCUGAUCCUCCAUUGAACCCCACUAUCCUAGGCCUGGCAGCAGGGGGCGCUGUGUCAUUAUCUGGCCUGUCUCUGGCUGCAUGGCUCCUCAAACGAAUCAGACAGAAAGCUAACACGUUUGAUCUGAACAGCACCUCAGACAUUGAGGAACCUUUACAGACCUACAGGAACAGCAUCGAAAGCCUGAUAUAGAGACCAACAACAAUAACAGCAGGAACAACAGCAGAAAGAACAGCAGGAACAGCAGCAGGAACAACAACAGGAACAACUGCAGGAACAACAGCAGGAACAACAGCAGGAACAACAGUCGGAACAGGCUGGCUCUUUUUUCAAAGAAGAUCUGCUGGUCACACCUGGAUCACAGUUCCUCAGUAUUGUAAUGUAGUAGGUUAGAUAGCCUUGAAUCGUCUGACUGGGAGAGAGGUGCUACGUUGAGUAUACAGAAUCAUCUGUUCUCAUGAUGGUCCUACAGAAAAUGUAUUUUUUCUCCCUAAGGGAGUUUUGUAUUGAACAAAUUUUCACCACUGGCUGGUAUACGAAAGGAUACAAGAAAGGAUCCAAGAGGGCUUCGCUAAGCCCCACCCCCCUUGGUUACUUUAGCAACGUCUGACAUUUUCCCAGGAAGCCCAAAUCCCCAUUCAUUCACUGGCAAAAUCCCCUCAGAAUGAUCUCAAUCUGUGUUUCUAAUAAACAAUACAUUAACACAGACUA